AUGCUUCUGCGACGAGUUCAAGAGCAGCGAGACGAAGAACUUGCUCGACGUCUCCAGUACGACGAUCGCGAAGACGACUACCGAGGUGGCUUGGGCGAUGUGGUCGGUCUUGGCAAUACGGCUGGCCACUUCAUGAAUGAUGAUUACAGACGCGGAGCACCGAAUAUUAUUGUACCACCACCACCUCCUCCACCUCCGGCCCCAGUGGCCACCUUUGAAAGGGCCAACUCUGCCACCGAUUAUGUCGCUGGCGUGAAUAGAGCUCGUGGGCUACGUACUAGUUCGAUGGAACGCCGACUUGCGGACCGGUUUUCAGAGCAGCGCCAGGGUGGCAGCCCAGGUCAUCGACCUUUCGCCCACCCUAUGGCGCCUCCCCCUAUUACCUCACGAGCAAUGGGACCCCCUCCGCCACCCCAACCCCCUAUAGUGCCGGCCCCGCUCAUGAGACGACACACGGCGGAAGAGGAUCUGUACGAUAGUCCAAGAAACCCACGGCUUGCCGAACGAGUGGUGCCGAGGAGAGCCACCACCCGCGACUACAUGGAGGAAGUAGCUCUUCAUGCUCCAGCAAGCCGGAGACAGUCAACUCGCGGGAGGAGAGAACCGCCGAAAGACUCGGUGCUCGCUGGUCUGACGGGGCAGGGGCAGGGCAUGAACCGUGUGUCGGAGUGGAGGCACCACGUCCCACCCGGCUCCGUGGUCACUUGA